AUCAAUAUAUCACUUGUUUCACCAAUGAGUGACUCUGCACUCUCCAAGAUUGGAGAACUUAUUAAAAUGGAAGAUGAUUUAGUUAAAAUCAGCUCAUUGCGUCAACAAUUUCUCAAGGAGAAAUCUUCCCUUGAUAUCAACCUUUCUGCAACCACACAACGUCAAAUUGAUGCUAUAAUGGACAACCUUUCCAAAUUAAACAAUACUUCCAAAAGACUUCAAUCAAUAAAAGGUAACAUGAAUAAGAUCAACCAGAUUUAUGAUGAAUCAAUUACUGAUAUCAAGGAUUAUGACACCAUACGUAAAAUGACUAUAGUUAAUUCAUUUUUGACUCAAGUAUCAAACUUGAAGGGAGAUAUCUUUGACUUUAAGGCAUUUCUUGACAUUUUGAAUCAAAAUAUACUGGAUGAAUAUGAUCAACUUCGUCAAUCUUUGACUUACCCAUUACCUAACAUCUUCCAAAUUCAUUAUGCUUAUACUCAAGCGAGGAACUUUACAGAUUACAUGGAAACUUAUUCCAAGUCCUUGUCUGAUGAUUCUAGAUCCCUUGUUUUGAAAAUUGUAAGCCCCAUGAAACAUACAAGAGUAUUAUUUGAUGAAUUGUUAAAAGAGGCUAUUAUAAGUUUGAUUGAAAUGGCCAAGGAUGAAAAUUAUGAGUGUAUUUUUAAUGUUGUUAAAGUUAUUGAGAUUGAAGCUAGAGAAGAUAUGAAAGUUGCCAUGAUGGAAAGCCUAAAGUUAAGUCAUGACAAUAGUAUGAUCAAUUAUUCCAACUUUAGAAGUUCUAGAAGAAACUACAAGAAGUUCUUUUAUGAUAAAUUGGAAGAGUCACUUGAUGAGACUUUUAAUAACUGUAUUGAAUAUUAUCCUGAAAAGAUGCAAGUUUAUGAUAAUCUAGGUUGGUUAGAAGAAGAGCUCAUAUUUGUCAAGAAGAGCUUGAUUAUGUUCUUUCCUCCCACAUGGAAAAUUGAUGAGUUUAUUCAGAAUGUUUAUUUUAAUAGAUUACAUAAGUUCACCAUGGAAGUUAUUGAAAGUGAACCUACAGCUGAGGAUUUAAUGAAGAUCUUAUCGUAUGAUAAACGAUAUGGAAAGUUUAUCGAAUCUUUACAAGAAGGUAAACGAACACCAAAAGACCAACGUUCAAUUAUUGGCGAAGAUUUGAAGAAUGUUGUCUUGGAAGAUUAUCUCAAGGUCAUUGUGUCUAAAAUGGGAGAAUGGAACCGUAAUUUAAUGAAACAAGAGACUGAAUCAUUUAGACAAAGACUGGAACAACCAACUACUUAUAAUUAUUUCCAACUGUACCUUGAUGACGAACAAGGAAUGGCUGUUGAACGUCAAUUUGAAGCUGAUGUAUUUGUAUUGCCAGAUUUCACAACUCCAUUAACGAUGUUGCAACAACAAGCAGAUGUUGCAGCUGAAUCGGGAUAUUCCAAUAUUUUGGUUGGUGUUAUUGAAAAUUGGUCCAAAUGCUAUCUUGAAAGAAUUGAAAAUUUCCGAAACAUACUUGAAGAUGAAAUUGAUCGAUACAUGUCUAUAUAUAAUAAGGAAAAAUAUCUUAUCAAAGAAAGUGCGGUUAAAAGAUUAUUCAAAAGAAAACCUUCGCAAGCAAUUAUUGACCCCGAUGCUUUAACCGACGAAGAAAUCAAUGAAAUCUCCCGACCUGGUUUAAUCGAGUAUUUGACAGCAUUAGGUAAUACAUUUGUUAUCAAUACCGAUAGACUUCAAGAUAAAUUCUUGCCUAAAUAUAAGGACAAUGUUCAUGCCCAUUAUCAAGAUCGAAUCCAACAAGCAAUCGAAAGCACUUUAACUCCAAGUACUGAUUUAAAUGCCCAAAUUAUCACUGCAAUAGUUGAAAUUAUAAUUAAUGAUCUAUACCCUGCAUUAUCGACAUUAUUUACCAAGAAAUGGUAUGAAGAAGAUCAACAAACUUCAAAUGAUCCUAUUUCGGCACAAUUGAUUGUUCAAACCAUAAAAGAAUAUAUGCAAGAUUUGAGAAGUUAUGCAUCUUACGAUAUGUACCUGUUGACAUUUAAUGUAUUGUUGGAUAAAUUUAUUUCCAGUUAUAUUAGAAUUGGGUUGGAAAAUAUCUUACAUGGAGAUGGUAAGAAGAUUGAUCCAACUGCAGUAAAGAAGUAUAAAUCAUUUUCCGAAGCAGUGGAUCGUGAUAUUGCCGUAUUCUUUGGUGGAUUAUCAGACUUAUUUACAGCCAAGGACGGUUACUAUCUCAUGACAAGUUUGAGAGCACUUGAAUUUGUGGCCGAUAUUGGAAUGUGUCCUGAUCCAAUGAAUGAUAUUCCCCACAUCUGGGAAAAGAAUAUCUUGCCGACAUUUUAUUUUUGCAAAGUUGAUGUUGUUCGUGCUACUUGUUUAUGCCGAAAGGAUAUGGAUAAGGUUCAAAUUAAUCAAUUGAUCCCCGAAUUGGAAGCUAUACAACGGGGCUACCAUGCCAAUGUUGAACCACCAGAGGUGAUAGUAACUGCAUUAGCUAAUAUUGAAUUUAAUUAGGCGUGUUUAGAAAAAUAUAAUUCUUUUUAGUCUUCAUCAGAAGAUGAGUAAUCCAAAUUGUUGAUAACAGGUGUAGAUAUAGGUUUCUUCUUGAGUGUGAUUUUACUUGGGAUUGUGGUACGUUUGACGGUUGGAAGCUUAGAAGCCUCCAAUGGUCUUUUCAGUCGGGAAAAUGCGGUCUUUGCAAUUGCUUCAUCUUGGUUAUCAGCUUGUUCUUGAAUUUUCUUUUGUAGUUGUAUAUCUGAUUCGACUUUCUUUUGUGCCAUAUCAGCUAUUUUAUCAGUUCCGCCUUUUGCUUUCACAUCAUCAAGUUUAACUUGCAAUUCCUCUAAUUGAUCAUUUAUCUCUUGUUGUUUUUGUUGUUCUUGCAAUCUCUUUUCAAGAUUUUGCAUGACAUCUCCACCAUUAUUCAACUGUUCCUUUUCAGACCAAAACGGAUCAUACUUUCUCUUUUCUUUUAAAAGUUGAAACUUCUUGUUCUCUUCUUCUUCCUUCUCUAGCCGCUUCAAUAGAUCAUCUUCAGAUUCACCAGGUUUUGCAUUUGAAAUCUUUUUCUUUGGUUCAUAAUUUCGUACCGCCCCUUCCUCAGGGGUAUAACCUGCAGUUUGUGGAUUUGUUUUAAAAGUAAUGGUAUUGUUACACCCGGGACAAGUUAUAUAGAAUCUAAUGAUUUUAAUAUUAAGAUAUUUCUCAUUGGUAGUUUCUUUUCUUGCAUUAAAAGAUCUUCGUUCAGCAAUAUAUUCAUUACAUUUAAGACAUCGCAUAGAGUAUGGUGCCAUCAUACGAAUCUUGAUUGUUUGAUUGCCAUUUUGUUUCUUCUUCUUGACUACCUUGGAUGGAUCCCAAUCUGGAGGGUAGUACUUAUUUAUGGCUUUUCUCUCGGACAUGGUAUGUGGGUUGAUGAUUAAAAAAAAAAUACUUACGGGAUGCAAACACAACUUUUGUGAAUAGCCACGCAUUCUACAGUGUAGUGCAAAAUUUAUAAACUUCUUUUGGCAAAUCUACAAAUUACAACUCCAUUUAUAAUAUACAUUCGGAGGGUUUCUUUUUAUUAACUAAACCCAAAAUUAAAUAUUAUAUAUCCAUGAUUGAAAUAAAGUAAUAUAAUAUAAACAUUUCAAGCUUAAUCGGCGUUUCUUCUGGCAGCUCUCUUGGCAGCUCUCUUUUGAGUACCAAAGAUCUUCUUGUCUCUGUUCUUCUUUUGCUUUCUUUGUUGUCUGGAAGCCUUUUCAACCUUGGUAGCUAAACCGUAUCUGACUAAUCUGUAGGCUGGUUCGAACUUCUUGGCAUCAGCAACGGAUUGGUAAAUUAAACCGAAACCAGUAGACUUACCUCCACCAAAUUGAGUUCUGAAACCGAAAACGGAAACAGCAUCCUUUUCAGCCUUGUAAAUUUCAGCCAACUUUUCUCUUAAUUCGUCCUUGGAGACGUUAGCUCUGUUUGGGUGCAAGACAUCAAUGACAAAUUGUCUUCUGGCUAAUAAUGGGUUGGAAAUAACCUUUCUAGUUCUGAUGGUAACAGCGUCACUCUUUUGAUGAUAUUUCUAUAACGGUUCAACUAAGAGAAAUCUGAAAAUAAAGAUUGAAAUU